UCAAAACUCAAAAGAAUACAUUACGAGGAACUUCCCCAAGUCCCCAACAGACAUGGAGACGAAUUUCAUAUGGUCAGUCUCCGCCUGUUUCUUUCUGGUCUCGUCCUUCUCCUUUGUUCGCUCAUUCUCCAAUCCAUCUCUUCUUGGAGUUCAUCCACUCGAUGAAAAGUACUUUGCUCCGGAGGUGAUCAAGUGCAAGGACGAUUCCAAGUCGUUCACCAGAGACCGUCUCAAUGAUAAUUUCUGUGACUGUGUUGAUGGGACUGACGAGCCUGGGACUUCUGCUUGUCCUGCAGGCAAAUUUUAUUGUCGUAAUAUUGGAAGUACACCACAGUUCAUAUUUUCUUCUCGAGUUAAUGAUCGUAUUUGUGAUUGCUGCGAUGGAAGUGAUGAGAAUGAUGGUAGUCUCAAUUGUCCAAAUACAUGCAUCAUGGGUGGGAAUGUUGAGUACAAAACUGACCACCGCUUCUCUAGAGUUCGGGAUCGAGGGUAUGUUGACAAAAAGCAAACCGAAAAUAGAGUCAGUCUGGAUGACUUCGUUCAGAAGCUUAAAGGUUUGAAGAUAAUAAUAAUCGUACAAUUAGUGAUUGCUAGUGUUUUUGUGGUUUGCCGGAUAUUCCAUCGUCAUGCCAGAUCAAAACGAAGACAUCAUCGUUAAAAUAUUUUUUCUGGUCCUAUACCAAUAUUUGGCCGACGUGCUUCCUCAGGAUCUGUGUAUGGGUUUCAAGAAAACGAAGUGCUGGAGGAUUUAUUGGUCCUUACAAGACUUGGAAGAGUCUAGAUCUACAGAAUUGUUGAUGGAUUUAAACUGGUCAGAAGCUUAUGGCAAGAAUUUACAAACAUGGAUGUAUGUGUCCAGCAAAUCGCAACUACUAUCAGAAAAGUGUUGUAAUGAUCUGAAGCUUAGUACAGAAUCUGCAAAUGGGCCUUAGGGGUUGGUCAAAAUGCAAAGAAACUACACCUUUUUUUUUUUUGGGAAUUAGAGAAUUUUGCUCAAAGUUUCAUAUAUAUAAAAAUGAUAUUACGAGUG